GCCGUUGCGCACUUCCGUCGCCUUUGCGUCACUUCUGGACGUCAAUAUGCGGCUUUUUGCGGCGCUGGGAAACAGAACCGCUGGGAAGAUGUAAACCAGUGACCGGAGUCCGCCACCGUCAGCGAACACACUCACCGUCACCCCCACACACUCGGCGCCCUCAGCCCGGCUAACGGAGCCGCUCCAGCGGACAGCUCUUCGGCUCUCCGCCUGCGAAGCAGCGGAGCUUCUGCCUCCAAGCAGCCAUCUUUUGUGAGAGAAUGUACGGGGCGACGCGGCGGGCCUGCUCGGGCUCUGGCCGCGGCCGGAGCUUACUGAUGCUGACGACCGCGCUCCUGCUGUCAGUAAUCGGGCUGCUGUCCGGACUGCCCGGCAUCACCGAGGCGAAGGAAUGCGACAAACCGUGUAUGAACGGCCAGUGUAACACCGCCACUGGCAACUGUGUAUGCUUCCCCGGCUGGGUCGGGGACCAAUGCCAGCACUGCGGAGGGAGAUUCAGGCUGACAGGACCCUCUGGUUACCUGACCGACGGUCCAGGAAACUACAAGCACAAGACCAAGUGCACCUGGCUCAUUGAAGGACAGCCGAACACGAUUCUGCGACUUCGUUUCAACCACUUUGCGACCGAAUGCAGCUGGGAUCACCUCUACGUGUACGACGGCGACUCCAUCUACGCUCCGCUUCUGGCCGCUUUCAGUGGUCUGAUAGUUCCCGAGCGUUACGGGAACGAGACGGUUCCUGAGGUGGUGUCUCAGUCCGGCUACGCCUUGCUGCACUUCUUCAGCGACGCCGCCUACAACCUGACCGGCUUCAACAUUUCCUACAGGGUGAACACGUGUCCCAACAACUGCUCCGGCCGAGGCGAGUGUCGCGUGGGAAACUCCACGGCUUCGGUUUACUGCGAGUGCGAAGCCAACUGGAAGGGGGAAGCCUGCGACAUCCCGUACUGCCUGGCCGACUGCGGCUCCCCCGAUAGAGGCCACUGCCAGGGCAAGACCUGCAUCUGCAAGACCGGAUGGCAAGGUCCAGACUGCUCCGUCUCGGUUCCCGCCAACUCGUCCUUUUGGAGCCGGGAGGAGUACGCCGAUGCUGGGCUGGCCAGGGCUUCCCACAAGGCCGUGGUGGAGCAGGGCAUCAUGUGGGUCAUCGGAGGCUACGUCUUCAACGCCUCCGACUACCACAUGGUUAAAGCGUAUAACCUUAGCAGUAAAUCGUGGCUGACCCUUGACCCGUCUGUCAACACCGUCACGCCGCGAUACGGCCACUCCCUCGCCCUACAUGAGGGUAAAAUGUACAUGUACGGAGGAAAGAUCGACUCCACUGGAAACGUGUCGAGCCAGCUGUGGGUUUUCCACAUCCAGAACCAGACCUGGGUCCUGCUGAGCCCCCGGGCCAAGGAGCAGUACGCUGUGGUGGGACACUCGGCCCACAUCGUGCCUCCGGUCCAGGAAGGAGCCAGCGCCGUGAUGCUGGUUCUGUUCGGACACUGUCCUCUGUACGGAUACAUCAGCCAGGUGCAGGAGUACAACAUCGCUAAGAACACGUGGAACGUCGUGCCCACAGAGGGAGCUCUGGUUCAGGGCGGUUACGGCCACAGCAGCGUUUUCGAUCCCGGCAGCAGAGCCAUCUACAUCCACGGAGGCUACAAGGCCUUCAGCGCCAACAAGUACGGCCUGGCAGGAGACCUGUACAAGUUUGACGUGGACAGGAGGAAAUGGACCGUCCUGAGAGACAGCGGCUAUUUCCGUUACCUCCACACGGCGGUGAUAGUGAGCGGGACGAUGCUGGUGUUCGGAGGAAACACUCACAACGAUACGUCCAUGAGCCACGGCGCCAAGUGCUUCUCUUCGGACUUUUUGGCCUACAGUUUAGCAUGUGAUGAGUGGACAGUACUGCCUCGGCCGGACCUCUUCCAUGACGUCAACCGCUUCGGACACUCGGCGGUUUUCAGCGACAGUGUGAUGUACAUGUUCGGCGGCUUCAACAGCCUGUUGCUCAGCGACGUCCUCAUGUACACCUCGCCCAGCUGCUCGGCCUUCUCCAGCCCGGCGUCCUGCAGCCAGGCCUGGCCGGGCAUCCACUGCGUCUGGAACAGCACCCAGGGGAGCUGCCUGCCUUGGGAAAGUAACGCCGCUGGGCCCGAGCUGCAGCAGCUGCUCGCCUCCUGCAACACCAGAUCAUAUGCUGAUAAUGACAGAUGUGAGCAGUAUACCGACUGCUACAGCUGCACCGCUAACACCAACGGCUGCCAGUGGUGUUCGGCCCAGUGUGUGUCUCUGGGAAGCAACUGCACCUCGGCUUCGGGGGCCAUAGCUGAGUAUGAAGUUUGUCCCAAGGACAACCCCUCGUAUGUGUGCAGCAAGAAAACCAGCUGCAAGAGCUGCGCCGUCGACCAGAACUGUCAGUGGGAACCUCGCAACCAAGAGUGCAUCUCGCUGCCAGAGAACGUCUGCGGUGAAAGCUGGCAUCUGGUGGGCAACUCCUGCCUGAAGUUCAUCACGGCCAAAGACUCGUACGACAACGCCAAGCUGGCCUGCAGGAGCCACAACGCCGUCCUGGCAUCGCUGACCACGCAGAAGAAGGUGGACUUUGUGCUGAAGGAGCUGCAGAUCAUGAGUGUGGUGUACAAAGCCACCGUCACACCCUGGGUGGGGCUCAGGAAAAUCAACGUUUCCUACUGGUGCUGGGAGGACAUGUCGCCCUUCACCAACACCACCCUGCAGUGGCUGCCAGGCGAGCCGAGCGACGCCGGCUUCUGCGGAUAUCUGGCCGAGCCGGCGUCCAGCGGGCUGAAAGCACAAACCUGCAUCAACCCGGUGAACGGCAGCCUGUGUGAACGGCCAGCGAACCACAGCGCCAAGCAGUGCCGGACCCCAUGCGCCAUGCGGACCACCUGCAGCGAAUGCACCAGCAGCAGCUCGGAGUGCAUGUGGUGCAGCAACAUGAAGCAGUGCGUCGACUCCAACGCCUACGUGGCCUCCUUCCCCUUCGGCCAGUGUAUGGAGUGGUACACCAUGAACACGUGUCCACCUGAGAACUGCUCGGGCUACAGAACAUGUGGCCAGUGUUUGGACCAGCCGGGCUGCGGUUGGUGCACCGACCCCAGCAACACGGGCAAAGGCCAGUGCAUCGAGGGCUCCUACCGGGGGCCCUUCCAGACCUCGGUCCCGGCCCCGUCCACCCUGCCCGGCCUGCCUGCCAGCCCCCAGCCGGCCCUCAACGCCAGCAUGUGCCCCAGCGAAGCCAAAUACAACUGGUCCUUCAUCCACUGCCCAGCUUGUCAGUGCAACGGUCACAGCCAGUGCGUCAACGAGAGCGUGUGCGAGAAGUGCGAGGACCUGACGACCGGCCGGCACUGCGAGAGCUGCAUCUCCGGCUUCUACGGAGAUCCGACCAACGGCGGCAGCUGCCAGCCCUGCAAGUGCAAUGGCCACGCCAGCAUGUGCAACCCCAACAACGGCAAGUGCUUCUGCACCACCAAAGGCAUCAAAGGAGAUCGAUGCCACCUGUGUGAAGUCGAGAAUCGCUACCAAGGCAACCCUCUCAAAGGAACAUGCUACUACACUCUCCUCAUCGACUACCAGUUCACCUUCAGCCUGUCGCAGGAGGACGACCGCUACUACACCGCCAUCAACUUCGUGGCCACACCCGAGGAGCCAAACCGGGAUCUCGACAUGUUCAUAAACGCCUCCAAGAACUUCAAUCUGAACAUAACGUGGGCGACGAGCUUCACUGCAGGCACCCAGACCGGGGAGGAGAUUCCCAUCGUCUCCCGGAGCAACAUCAAGGAGUUCAAAGACAGCUUCUCCAACGAGAACUUUGACUUCCGCAACAGCCCCAACAUCACCUUCUUCGUCUACGUCAGCAACUUCACGUGGCCCAUAAAGAUUCAAAUCGCCUUCUCGCAGCACAGUAACUUCAUGGAUCUGGUGCAGUUCUUUGUCACGUUCUUCAGCUGCUUCCUCUCGCUGCUCCUGGUGGCCGCCGUGGUUUGGAAGAUCAAACAGAGCUGCUGGGCGUCACGGCGACGAGAGCAACUGCUGAGGGAGAUGCAGCAGAUGGCCAGCCGGCCUUUCGCCACCAUCAACGUCGCCUUGGAGACCGACGAAGAGCCGCCUGACCUGAUAGGAGGAAACGUCAAGUCCGUCCCAAAACCCAUUGCCCUCGAGCCUUGCUUUGGCAACAAAGCCGCUGUGCUCUCCAUCUUUGUUCGGUUACCCAGGGGCACCGGCGGCAUCCCUCCUCCAGGACAGUCUGGUCUGGCGGUGGCCAGUGCGCUGGUCGACGUCUCCCAGCAGAUGUGCGUCGGCUACAAGGAGAAGUCCGGAGGUUUGCGGAACCGUAAGCAGCAGCCGACGGCGCAGCCUUCCACCUGCAUCUGACCACGCCCCCUUCCCGUCCUCCUCCACCAAUCCCAAGCACCCGGCGCCCUCCCGUCAGCCCCCCGCCUCGGCCCCCUCCCUCACGGACUGGCAGGGAGAGGUGCAUGCUGGGACGCAGGACUGGAACAUUUUAGGCGAGGGGCCGAGUCGCCUGGCGGACUGAAGCCUCGGCGGCCUCCCUCUCCUCCUGACGGGACUGAAUGACAGAAACCGGAGAGAGGGGGGAGCGACGGACGGACGGAGGGAGGGAGCAGGUGCCGACUCCUCCCAUCCCCCCACCGAAGAACAUUUUACAUUCGUCGACACCGCCUCGGUAGAGUCGAGGCGGCCACGGCUUGCUGCUAGAAGACAUCCUUUGUCUCAUAGUUUUUUGAAAAAUCCAGAGACUUUGCAACCGUUUUUAUUUAAGUUAUUGUUUUUUUGUUUUGUAUCGUCUCGUUUUUUCGAAGGCAGGAACAAACUGGACACGCUCAGCUACACACACACACACGCACACACACACACACUUCCAGUAAACGGCGACUUUCCAUUCCCCUUCGUGCCCAUUCUGUAGCUUCAGAUUCUUCGGCCUCGGAGCAAAACUAACAGCAUGUUCAGUCUUCCUUUAGCGAGGAUCCGCUGCAGGAGGCCCCCCAACUGAUGCCACAUUUCUAAUCGGCCGCUGUGUCUUCUGCAGCUUCGGCUUCUCCCAUCUGGCCGAGUCCAAAUCGAGACCGCAGAAACAUCUCAUCCACAUUGCUGGCUCGCUCGCUCCCCGGCACGACGGAGGCUUUUUCCAGCUAAUUACUCCUGCAGUUACAAUGAAAGUCAAUGGCUCUGCGCACACACUGGUGCAGCAGUGAAGCAGCUGGUGGUCAGAAAAUCCUCUCUGGUGUUCAACACUCGUCCCUUUGGCUUCCUGUAGAUCUGCUGAUUGACUGGAGUGAUUAGGUUGAGGAAAGGUCCAGCUCUUUAAUUGUUGCAUAAGAAAUCCAUUGUCUCUAAUUACUGCUCCUUAAAUGCAACGCAUGCACCACCAGGAAGUCCAGCGUUCGAUCGCGAUUGUUCCGUGUCCCUGAACUAUCCACGGACGCCCAAUUAGCCGCCUGCAGCAGCGACGGUCGCAUCGAUGCAGCUACAGUCGAGCUGCAGCAGCGGAGGUGUCAGUUUCCUUAAAGAGGACUUUUAAAUCGGCCAACUCUUAAUUCUGGGGCCAAAAACACAAGAAUGAAAAGAACCCAUCACAUUCUCUCCAGAAAUGAUCUCGCUUUUCUACCUGCCCUUAUCUAAAAAUCACUGCUCCACUUCUUUGUUUUUAAAAGCAACGCUGCUGACUUCUGUGUCAACACAUAAUUCUGGCCUGUUUUAAUGGCAUAAAUUCAGCUUUUGUAGCGGUUUAGCUCCACACAUCCCUAAAAAUGUCAAAUCAGCCACACUAACUUUUCAGAAAGCCUGUUUAAUCUGUUGCACUGAUGCUAGCAAAAUGAUGAUUUCUGCCUCAUUUUAUAAUCUGCUUUCAGUUUUAUCACACUAAUGUUGAAGUUGCCCCCUUGAAGUUUUCGUUUACGAUCAGUGUUGCUCACUUAUAUGCAUUUAAUGCACUUUUGAAGCAUAAAAACACUUUUUAAUACUAUUUUAAAGGUCCCGUUUUGUGUCCCUUGUCAAAUUAGUGGAAGUCUCUCAUUUGCUCAAUAUGUAUCUUACAGUUCUUACCUUUAAAUAUCACAAAAAAAUGGUUAAUUUCAAUUUUUAAACAGGUUGUUUUGCUCUAAAAACCAAUGAGCUGCUGCUGCUCCUGCCCCCUUCAGGAAGAAAACUCUCUCUGCGUCUAUGUAGACCUCCACAGAUGUGAAAGAGUUUUUCUUUUACUUUCGAUCGAUCAUUUAACAAGGAAAUAUCCAGAAAUUCACAGCACAUUUAUUGGCUUUAACUCGUGUUUGGUAAAUUAUAACAUCAGUGUUUUAGCGGUUCAGAGCAGCAGCUUGGAAAUGAAGCGACUUCCUGUUAACAUGUAGCUUUAAUGCUGCAUUUCACUCAUUAUUUCACACUUCUUUUGCUGUCUAACAACAAACAGCAAAAUAUGUAACUGAAAACAGCUUUUUUGCAUAUUUAGCUGUAUUAAAACGCAAUUAUGUGAGCACAGAGAGCAGGAGAUAAGUCAAGAUAUGUGAACUUACAGUUUGUUCUGCAGUUUUUCUCCUUAAAAUACCGCAAAAAUGGUUAAAUUAAAUUUUUAAACAGGCUGUUUUGCACUGAGCUGCUGCUGUUCCCGCCCCCUUCAGGAAGAAAACUCUCUCUGCGUCUAUGCAGACCUCCACAGACAUGAAAGGCUUUUCUACUGCCUCUAACUUUCUAUCUAAACUAUCAUUUCCAUCACAUUCUCUAAAGAGAUUAUCUUGUUUUUCUACCCGCUGUUAUCUAAAAAUCAUUGCUCCGCUUUUUUUUUUAAAGCAGCGCCGCUUAUUGUUGUGUCGACAUUGAAUGGAAAAAAAAAACACUAAAAAAGGAUAAAAUUCAAGCUGCUAGUUUGAAAAACAGCUUAGAAAUGUAAUCCGGCUGCUUUUAGAAGAGAUGCCACAUCUGUUUCCUCUUCUCUCCUUCGGUCUCGCAUUCGUCCUCGGCGGUCGUCUUCGCAGGGUCCGACUGAAAGGCCGAAAAUAUUUAUCUUCCUGCCGCCUCGCAAGGUUAUUAACUCUCCGCUCUGUGAGAAGUGCAGUAAUAGAACAAUUUAAUAACUUGUGUUCUUGCCCUAAAGAGCUCAUCGUGUUUAGUUCCAGGUUCCCACAUGCGCUCGGCCUACUAUAACUGCUCGCCGCCUGGUUAAAGGGCAAACUUUUUGCACCGGGAAAAGGUCAGAGCAGAAAGCAUGAACAAAGUUGACAUUCCGUAAUUACAAAGAGCGACUGCAGUCAGCGACGUUAAGAACUGCGACGAGUCGAAGCGCCUCACUCUGUUAUCAGCCGUUUCCUCCAUCACACUGACUUUCAGGCUUUGAUGUUUCAAUUUAUCGUUUCUGCUAAAAAGCUGGAUGGUGGAAAGUAAUUAUCAGUCAUUAGCAGAAUGUUAGGAAAUUAGUUCUGUAUUGUUGGCAAGUUUGUCGACCUGCGGCAAAAAAAAAAAAACUGUUUAAUUUUCUACUAACCUGUCGCUGCUUCUCAGGUGUGCAGGAGUUCUUUGACUUGACCUAAAACACUAAAGUCAUUUUUUUCUGGUAGUUAAACAUCAUUUAAAGGUCCCUUUAAAUUCCAAAAAUCUUGCACAGGGAUUGACUGAUUGUUAGUCCUCAAAGGCACCUAAAAAGUAUUUAAAAUUGCAGUAAAACUGAAAAUCUUGGUGUCAGUUUUCAGAAAAAAUCCCUGAAUUUAUGUUCCUCUAAUGUUUAAUUAAACUUUCCAGCUUUUGUUAUUGAGACGUGCAGCCAACAAAAGCACAUUUUUGAACAUUUUUUGUUAUUGAGAAACGGUUAAAAACUAAUCUGAUAGAAAGAAACAAAAUAUCAGCUUCAGUAAUCGACCUGGCUCCUAAUCAUGUGUGCAGUUUGGACAUUUUUCUGUGGCUUUGUGAAGGCAGCAAUAUUCUUUAUCCUUUGCAGAAAUGACACCAACUUCCACUGAUUUGAGUGAAAUGUGUUUUGCAUAGAGACCAAAAGUUCAAAAACGUGUGUUUUAGUCGACUUGGCAAAUUAAUGAAGUAUCAUGAAGGAGAUUCAGUUUAAAAAUCUGACUUUUCUUCAGCAUAAAUGAUGCAAUUUCCACUGAUUUAACUAAAAUUCACUUUGCAAAGAGACCAAUAGUUUAAAAAAAAAAUUAGUUCGAGUCUAAUUGGCAAAUAGAAGAAGCUUGAUUCAUGAGAUUCAGGUUAAAAUUCAGACCUUUUUUUAGCACAUUUCACACCAUUUCCAGUAAAAUUCACUUUACCUAGAUGUUGAAAGUAAAAAAAAAAAACAUGUUUUAUAAGCCUGGCUAAUCUGUGAAGCUUCAUUUAAGAGAUUCAGUUUAAAAUUCAGACUUUUCUUUUGCAGAAAUGAUACAACUUUGAUCUGAGUAAAAUUCACUUUGCAAAGAUGCCAAAAACUUUUUAAAAAAUAUUUGUUUUAGUCUACUUGGCGAAUCAUUUAAACUUUAUUCAUGAGAUUCAGUUAAAAAAUUCUGACUUUUCUUUCGCAGAAAUGAUACAAUUUCCACCGAUUUGAGUAAAAUUCACUUUGCAAAGAUGCCAACUUUUUCAAAAAGUAUUUUAGUCUAAUUUGCAAAGCUUAAUUCAUGACAUUCAGUUGAAAAUAGACUUUUCUUCUGCACAAAUGAUACAAAAAUUCACUUUGCAAAGAUGCCAAAAGUUGUUUUUUUUAAAAAAGCAUGCAUUUGGUGAAUCUGUGAGGCUUCAUUCAUGAGAUUCAACCUAAAAGUCCGACUUUACAGAAACACGAAGCUAAAAAAAAGUUGCGACCCUGAGCUGAUGAGAAAAAGAAAAAGAAACGAGAAAGUCCAUGUCUAAAUGUGACACCAGGCCUUUGUCCUCCGCAGCAUCAGCAGCCGCUCUGCGAUCCGUCAGCUCCUCAUAGAUUUGAUUUUCUCCGACUUUUUCAUUCCCCACUGUGGCCCGCUUCCAUUUAACACAAAACACCAUCGGUCCGCUUUAUUGACGAAGCUUCUAACCGUCUUCGUCGUCGCAGAGAAACUCUUCAGUGCACUGUAGUAACAAUUCACCAAGAGAGAAGAUUGCUUUUGCUGCUUUCUUUUUCUAAAUGAAUGUAAAAUGAAAACCGUCUGUACAGCCAAGGUAAACCUGUGAACUGGAACACACCCGAGGGCGUUUUGGAAGUCGGUUUCUCAGGGUGACGGGGCGACGCAGGGGUUAAAACGUCGACUCCAAGAUCGUGAAAACCCAACGUGUGGAAGCUGCAUUGAGGAAAACGGUACAAAGAAGAGUCCAGUGGCUCAGAUAAAUCCACUAUCUGUGGGAUGUUUAGUUUAACAAACCUUUAAUUUCGUUAAUUUCGGCCAUUUUCAAAGCUGCAGCCGUAAAAACACCCAACAUUUACUCGCUGUUUGACCCACAUCUGCAGCCUCCUGCCAGCUUGUGUCAACGCCACCUGAAAAGCGAUUAGGGAAAUUUAUCGCAGUUUCAACAUUCAUCCGGCACAUUUCACCUCCGGUCCUCCCACACAGGCGUUUUCAUUUAUUUUCCGCUGAUUAGACGUCUUGUCGGGACGGCGUGGGCAGGAGGUGACUGAGUGUCCUGUUGCACCUGAACAGUAGAGCUGAGUGACCUAAAAUCACAACAAAACACUAUAUUGUUGCUUAUAGCUUGGUAAUGAUGAAUAUAACUACAUCUAUCAUGGUUCUGGCCUGUGAACACGUUGGUAGCAUAUUUAGCUCCAUGCAACCUGAAAAGACGUCCAGUCAGCCACACUAAUGCUCCAAAGAGCCAGUUUAUUCUGUUGCACUGUUGUGGUCCUACUUGGCCAACCCAUAAUGCUGGCAAAAUGGUGAUUUCUGCCUCAUUUUAUAAUCUGCUUUCAGUUGCAUCACACUAAUGUUAAGGUGCCCCCUUGGAGUUGUCGUUUACGAUCAGUGUUGUUCACUUAAAUGCAUUUAAUGCACUUUUGAGGCCUGAAAACACACUUCAAGCAUUAACUUCUUCAUAAAACUUUCACAAAAUCCCUUUUAGUACUGUUUUAAAGGUCCCGUAUUGUGCCCCUUAUCAAACUAAAGGAAGUCUCGCAUUUGUUCAAUGUAUGUCUUGGAGUUUUUCAUUUAAAAUACCAUAAAAAUGCUUAAUUUCAAUUUUUAAACAGGCUGUUUUGCUCUAAAAACCAAUAAGCUGCUGCUAUUCCCACCCCCUUCAGGAAGAAAACUCUCUCUGCAUCUAUGUAGAGUUUUCUACUGCCGCUAACUUUCCAUCUAAACCAUCAUCUGAUGUGGAAAUAUCCACAAAUUCACUACACAUUUGUUGAUUUUACCUCAUUUAACGUUUAGCAUUUAGCGGCGCGGAGCAGCAGUUUGUAAAUGAAGCGACUUCCUGUUAAUGUGUAACCUUAAUGCUGCAUUUUACCCAUUUUCACUCAUUUUUUUUUGCUGUCUGAUAACAGAAACGGCAAGAUGUGUUACUGAAAACAGCUUUUUUACUAACUUAGUUGUGAGCUAAUGGCUAAGAGUUAGCAGAAUUAGCUCGAGGAAGUAAAUAAACCUGGUGGACCAAGUUUCAAGCAACCACAAAACACAAUAGAAGUACAUUUUCACCAUAUGGGACCUUUAAAUCCUGCAUAGCUUCCAUCCAAGUUUACUUUAUUCUUCUUCUUCCCUUUGCUGGCAAAUCGUUAAUGCAUUACUGCCACCUGUAGGUUAGUAGAAUAGUGACAGAAAUGUGCUCGUAAACAUUAGCGAAAACUCCACUGGGCACCUUUUAACUGCUUCAGAUUUUUUAAAAAUGGAGCAUUUCUCAUGUUGGGUUUUCCACUGGAAGGCUUUUAUUGUGAAGCAGCUGCGGGAAAAGUUAGCGAGCUAGCUUUGCUGAUGUUAAAUUAUAAACGCUAAAGUUGCUUUUACGCCGCCAUGAUGUGUUGUGGACGCUCCUUGGCGAUCUCUAGACAUCUACGAAUGCGAGGAAAAGCGGUUUAAAAUGAUGAUUCAAAUGAAAAUGAGUGACGAAUUCCAGCCGCGGCGUGCGUCCCAGUCUUCCUUUAGAUGCCGUAGAAGUGACAAAUCAAAAACUUUAAAGAGCACAAAACAAACGGAGAGAACUUUGGGCUCACGGGGGUUUAAAUCUUUUCCACUUUUUCCCUGCGUUCUGCUGGUAAACACAAACUUUUCCAGCGUUUGCCGCGCCGGCGUCGCAUUACGGAAACCAACGAGGGUUCCUGAAGUUCACAUUUUCCACGCGGUUACCUCUCGACGCCCGAACGCGACGCGGCAAAAAUAUCGGAGCGGGGCAAGCGUCGGACGUUUGCAAAAAGGGAAGCGAGCCUUGCACACUGUCGCUGCCCCCGUAUGCCUGGUGUUUAAAGAGAUGGGCAGCUUUUCUUUUUUCUUAUUUUUUUGAAAUCUCACCCUGCUUUCCAAGCCUCAAAACGUUAUCGGGUAACACUUUAACUUUACAGUGACCUUAUUUCGGCUCAUUAAUCUCUGUAUUAACCCAUAGAAAUGUACAGCAAAAAAACCACGCGUAUUUAUAAAGUGAGCUAAUAUUCACAGUAGAUUCCUUUUGUCCAACACUGGCAGCAUUAAUGUGUAAUUAAAAUGCUUCUUUAAUACACCGGUUUGACGCGACAGAAUAAGGUCAUUGUAAAAUAAGGCAUUACUCUUUUUGUUGUUUUUCUUUGUAUAGCGGCAUUAUAUAUAUAUUGAGGAAGUAGUUUGUUAAUAUGUAUAAUUUAGCAGUUGCUGUUCAUUUUUUUUCCUCUCUCUCUCUUUUUUUGUAAAUAAUGAGGAAGUAUUGUGAAUGAUAAUAAUUUGUUGAAUGGUUUUAAAAAAAACAAAACGUCAAAAAAAGAGGAAUCAUUUAAAAUCUCUCCAGGCUUUUAAACAACGUGACUACAGUACAUAGCAUAUUUUGUAAUGUAAGGCAGCAGCGUUAAGAUGAACAAGCAUUACUAGAAGCUGACGAAAACCUACGUGUAAAACUUGAGGAUAAAUAGCUUACCGACCUUGUAAUUUACUGAUGUACAUAAAAAGAAUGACAGAACAUUUUUGUCUAUUAUUAAAUGUGAAAAUCCA